AUGGAUGAGCAUAAGUUAGGUUACAAAGGAAACGGUGUUCUUCAAGAGCUUGAAAUACUGACUAUAAAUGCCAAAGCAGAACAAGAGGUUAUAUUGAGUAAAAUUCUUGAGAAGAAUCGGGCUGCUGAAUACCUGAAUAAAUUCAUGAAUGGAUCCAUAGACAUUUCUGCCUUCAAGAGCCAGGUUCCAGUAGUGACGUAUGAUGUGGUCCAACCCUACAUUUCAAGGAUUGCUGCUGGUGAAAGAUCGUCAAUUUUAUGUGGAGAACAAAUUGUAGAGCUGCUCCGAAGCUCGGGAACUUCUCGGGGUGAACCAAGAUUGAUGCCAUCCAUCUCAGAGGAUCUUUACCGCCGAACGUACUUGUAUAGUCUGAUAAUGCCUAUCAUGAAUAAGUAUAUACAAGACCUUGACGAGGGGAAGGCCAUGUAUCUUCUCUUUGUGAAAGCUGAAACAUUGACAAAUGCUGGCAUUCCAGUCCGAUCAGUCCUCACUAGCUAUUAUAAGAGCCCUCAGUUCUUGCAGCGAAAACAUGACCUCUACAACAGCUAUACCAGUCCUGAUGAGGUCAUUCUUUGCCCUGACAGCCAGCAGAGCAUGUACUGCCAGCUACUCUGUGGCCUGGUAGAACGUCGGAAUGUUGUUCGUCUCGGAGCAGUUUUUGCCUCAGCAUUCCUUCGGUCCAUCAGUUUUCUUGAGAAGCAUUGGUGUGACCUAGUUACUGACAUCCGAACCGGUCAGAUCAAUUCCAAUAUCACCAACACGACAUGCCGGUUGGCCAUGGAGAGUUUUCUUGCACAGCCCAACCCUGAGGUAGCUGAUGAAAUUGAGGUGAUAUGCAGCUCAAAGUCAUGGAAGGGAGUUCUUUGUAGGCUUUGGCCUAAUGUUAAGUACAUCGAAGCUGUUCUUACAGGAACGAUGGCACAAUAUAUCCCCAUGCUUGAAUUCUACAGUGAUGGUAGGAUUCCCUUGGUCUGCACCAUGUAUGCUUCCUCAGAAAGCUACUUUGGCGUCAAUCUGAGGCCGCUGUGCAGCCCAAAAGACGUGUCUUACACCAUCCUUCCGAACAUGGCCUACUUUGAGUUCGUACCACUGGAGGAUGGCCUCAAGUCAGUGCAGGAUGAUGAGGUGGUGGAGAAUGACAAGCUUGUCAGCCUGGUGGAUGUCAAGGUUGGAUGCUACUACGAGCUUGUAGUUACCACAUUUGCCGGUCUUUACAGGUACAGGGUAGGGGAUGUACUUCAGGUGACAGGCUUCUACAACCGUGCACCACAAUUCAAAUUCAUCUGCCGGAGGAAUGUGAUCCUCAGCGUUGAUUCAGAUAAGACCAACGAGGAAGAUCUCCACGGUAGUGUCUCCCGGGCCAAGAAAAUCCUGGAGAACCGAAAUCACCUCCUCCUAGAGUACACUAGCUGCACCGACACCUCCACGGUCCCGGGCCACUACGUUCUGUUCUGGGAGAUCAAGUACACCUCCGAAGGCACAGCCCCUUGCGCACCUCUCGAUGCCCAGCUCCUCGAGAGCUGCUGCAUUGCUGUGGAGGAGUCACUUGACUACGUCUACAGGCGCUGCAGAGCCCGUGACAAGUCUGUAGGGCCACUGGAGAUACGGCUGGUUGAAGCUGGCACCUUUGAUGCUCUGAUGGAUCUCUUGGUCAGACAAGGCAGCUCCAUCAACCAGUACAAAACCCCAAGGUGCAUCGAGUCAGGCCCUUCGCUGAAACUGCUCAAUUCUAAGGCCAUCGCUUCGUUCUUUAGCCCCCGGGAUCCUGAAUGGACUGUGUAA